AUGUUUGCCCUAGCUAAUGCCUACAAUGGCAGAGCACAAGACACAUAUUUUGAAAUUCCACAUUUCAAACUUCAAAAAAUCGUGAAUAAGUUAUAUGCCACAUUAACAGAUCAUUAUUUUCAUUUGUGUGCUAAACUGCAGAAUUACGAAAAUUGUGAGAUUAAACCUGUUGAACGCGUUUUCAGAAGUUCUCCAAUCUCCAAAUGGCGAGAUGUCUACGUUCACUUGGACAUAACAUCUCAUAGAAUUCAACUCGCUUAUAAAGAGAUUUUUAAUAUUCUCGAGUUGCUGGAUGCAAAUAGUGACGACAAAGAUGAGGAUAAUUUGAUUGAACUAAUCACAGCCAAAAUGAAUGAAGCUUACAAACAACUUGAGAACGCCAGAUGCUCUGCCGAAUUCAGUAGCUUACUUAUUGUCAAGACCCAGAAAAAAGCUGUCACUACCCCGGAAACGGAAAAUGAAAAUUUGUUCUCAGUUUCUCAGGAUAAAAGGACAGUCGUGAUGGUUAAUGACAUGCCAGUGAUUGAGGAUGAGGUGUUUGAAGAGUACAUCAGAGAAGCAUACUUGAAACCGUUGAUGGAAGGUGGCAAUGGGAUCAUCGAUGAGUACCGGUUGGAUAAGUUGUUGAAAAAAAAUUUUAUGAGUGAACUUAAGGAAGCUCUAGUAGACAAACAGAAGUCUAUGAUGGAGAGAGAGCUUAGAGCUCUAACACGCAUGUAUGAGAAAAUGAAAAGGGAUCAUUGCAUUGAACAACCUAAUGUAGCAAUCGAGUCAGCUUCUGAAUUGGAUGUGAAACCACCAGUUUCAGCACCACUUGCUCCGCCACAAUUGCCUACAGUUUCUGAACUUGAUUUGAAACCAUUAAUGCCGACAUCACCACCUGCGCCACAACAGCCACCUACAGUUUCUGAACCUGAUCUGGAACCAUCAGUGCCUACACCACCACCUGCUCCACACCAGCCUUCUACAGUUUCUGAAUCUGAUUUGGGGCCAUCAGUGCCUACACCACCACCUUUUCUACAACAGCCACCUUCUAUCCCCAACAACAGAGCCAUCGUAGAGGUUGAAGAACCUGAAGAAAAUGUUAAAACUUGCAAGAAAACCAGAGGCCCAGUUCCUCUUCCUAGAGUAAAAAUGUGGCAAUCAAAUGAUCCGAUGCCUUAUGUCCAAAAAUUUUCCAUCAGCGAAUGUACACCGAAUUUCAAAUUUCCACCGUUCAGAGCUGAGGAGGAAACAUUCCUUGGAAGUGGUGAAAAUUCUGAGGAGGAGGAGGAAGAGAAUGAUAAAAAUAUUAAUAGCAGCGACAGCGAAGAAGUUGAAAAUUGAACGGUUGUUUAAAAGUAUUUAAUUUUUUAUUUAUUAACAAUUAGCUGUGUUUGAU